CCGGCUUCAUUUUCCUCAGCAACUCCCAACGCAGACAAAGAAAGUUAUUGCAGGACAAGUUGGACGAGCCCUGACUGACAACUGGGGAGUGCAUUCAGCAGCAGAAAGGUGUGUCUCUCACUGCAGUCAUGACUGAAUCCUUUAACAAAGCAGCAGAGGAGGUGAAGGUACUGAAACAAAAACCAGACCAUGGAGAACUGGCUGCACUUUAUGGUUUUUAUAAACAAGGCACAGUUGGUGAUGUUAACAUAGCGCGUCCAGGGAUGCUUGACUUCACAGGAAAAGCAAAAUGGGAUGCAUGGGAUGCAAAGAAAGGACUGUCCGCAGAUGAAGCGAUGGCUGCCUAUGUGGAACUGGUGGAGAAGCUAAAGGCAAAAUACGGAAUCUAGAGUCUGUUUUUCACAAAGCUGUUGUAAUUUCAGUGAAAUAUUUCCCAUUUGUUUUCUUAGCUUUUUUCUGGGCAAGAAAAUGAAAAAGUGUGUUUCCUAAAAUGUCAAACUAUUCUCUUAAGUGCAAAUACAGUAUAUCAUUUUCAGAGCAUCUGUGUACAGGACUGGCUAUCAAAAAUAAAGACUUGUUUU